AUGAAAACUACCGUAAUCAACACAUCGAAGGAAAUGACAGCGUACAGCGAUUUUCCCCCUCCCAAGGAUGCGGCUAAUUUUAUGCAUAAUACGGAAUUGUUGGAAUAUUUUCGAUCUUACGCGAACAGGUUUGACCUGCUGAAACACAUUCGCUUUGAGCACAAGGUGAGAUCAAUCAAAAGGAAUAGUCGCUUCCACGAAACUGGGCAGUGGGAUGUGGAAUGGCUCGAUCUCAAGUAA